GUACCGUAAUGCCCUAGGGUAGAAGUGGGCAGCUCCACCUGGUCGCGGGAGCUAGAGAUAAGCCGGGGCAGGCCCAUCGAUAAGCAACGACGGUGCUUGGCAUGGUCUCGUGAGGCAAAGUCCAGGUCCACCACCACUCCAUCUGAACGCCCGUGGGCCCCUCCUAACAGCACAUCAUGUCAUACUGGUCUGUCUCGCGAUAGAGAUGAUUCGCUGUAGCCUCGCCUCCCUCCCCGGAAGGCAUGUUUGAGUUUCCACGAGUGUCCGUGUUCCUCAGAUGGAAACCCCAGCUCUCGACAUUCAUGAGGCAGACCCCAUCCCAGAUCCUUCCCUUCGACUAUAUGACGACGGCUGCGCCCUUUAUCAUAUACAUUUUUCGUGCUUGUCAUGCGAGUACGCCCAGUACACCUAGCACACCUUCUACCCGACCACGAGACCAUUCUCUAUUGUGACACACCACCCCUGGCGAGGGUUCGAGAAGCAUAAAUGUCGUCACCCGACUACUCCUCCGACUCGUCCUCGGGGCCCUCGAGCGACCACAGCAGUCCGUCUCGAGUGUGCCCCUACCGUAACGCCCGCUUCCACGACCAGGAAUGCUCGAGAUACUUCGACUGCCCAAGCCACCAGGUGGAGAGGGCGAGAUCGGAGGCCGCAGCGCCUGACAACAACCACCUAGAAGAUCGACAAGAUGUGGACGAGGGGGAUGCAAGCCAUUCCAGCCGAAUAUCACCACAAUCAAGCGAGGACGAGCCUGCGCGCGCUGGUUUAGAGGCAGACCCGGAGGCCGAUAACGCAGGGCAAGAUGUGAUUGACCUGACUGUCUCGUCACCAUCUGACAACCAGCCGAGCCCCGAAGAAUCUCGUAUUGCUGCUGUCUCGUCGUCAACAAACAAUCAGUCGAACCCCGAAGAGUUCCAGUUUGGCGAGGCACAGGAUUCGGAUAAUGAAAGAGGCGGAGCCGAAUUACUUCAGCAGGGGGGAAGCCUGCGGGACCCUGUGGUGAUCGAUCUCACUGCGGACUCAUCAGACGAGCCAUCUCAGCCAGGGCCUUCCAGUUCAAAUCAAAACCCUGAACGUGCACUGCCUACACUUCCACAGUCUGCAUCCGCCUCGAGCAUCAUAUCCCACCGAUCCGCAGGCCCUGGGUCUCCGUCCUUUUCAAGGCGACCUGCCACGCCACCGUCACCACCACCAGCCUCCCGCAGGAGGACAUCUUCAAAUGCCUUCGCCGCCACUAGGGCCGUUCAUCAGCCACAAAGACCACCAGAGUCUAGGAGACCUUCGGACUUGGUUCUUCCAAGGUGGCAGCCCGACGCCGAGGUUACAUUUUGCCCCAUCUGCCACACGCAAUUCAGCAUAUUCAUUAGGAAGCACCAUUGCAGGAAAUGCGGGAGAGUAGUUUGCAACUCGUGCUCACCGCACCGCAUUACUAUUCCUUAUCAAUACAUCGUUCAUCCUCCCGGGACGCCACGCCCAGGAGCCCAAAGGCAUUCGUCUUCUUUCCUGAGCGGCGAAGGAAUGUACGCCGAUUUCAGUAGCCUCGGCGGCGGUGAAAAGGUCAGGCUUUGCAACCCAUGUGUACCUGAUCCAAACACGAAUCCACCAGACUCUCAGGAAUCCCCGGGCUCCAGAAGGAUCCAUAGCAGAUCACAGAGUGGCGCCUCGGGGGUGGCAACACACGGCCCAGGCCUAGCGCCACAGGGCCGUCCGACCUACUUCGCGACCCGAGUUGACGAUCCGUACGGGAGGAAUAGAAGCGUCACCAUGUUGCCAGACGGCUCUCGACAAGCUUCGGGCAGUCGAUCUUACCAAUAUCAGCCCACUCAAAGCAGGAUUCUAAGCGGGACGCCUCCCACUCACUAUCCCUACGCUCUGCCCUCAGCAAGCUCUUCCUACCGGGCUAUGAGACACCGAUCGAUGAUCGAUGCUGGACAGUCUUCGUCCUCCAUGGCAGCGGCUAGCAGGAGACCAUUGCCGCCUGACCCGCCCCAAGUAGCAGAGGAGGACGAAUGUCCCGUCUGCCAUCGCGAGCUUCCUUCGCGAGACCUGGCGAAUUUCGAGGCUCUAAGAGAGAGGCACAUUAAUAUAUGUAUCUCGUCGCACAGUGCAUAUGGGACCCCCAGCGGCGAGGGCUCCAGCAUGGCACCCAGGAGGACAGGUAUGUUUCCAUAUGUCGCCACAGAGAAGGACUGUGUAGACAGUGCGGAAUGCACAAUCUGCCUGGAAGAAUUCGAGGUCGGUGACCCCAUGGCAAGACUCGAGUGUUUUUGCCGGUUUCACAAGGACUGCAUAUCGCGAUGGUUUGCCAAAAACCCGGGCAGGUGUCCGGUACACCAACACGCCAUCCCCUAAGAUAAUCCAAUCGGGGGUGCUCAUGAGCCGUGGUCGACGCUCACGGGAGGGUGAGAAGUGUAUGGCGAGGGAGUGCGGCUGGUGGACGCUUUCUAGGACCCACGCAUCUGACCGAGUCUUUCUGCUUGCUCCAUUUAGAAUCUGGGUCAUUGAGAGCGCUGCAUGGCGUUAGGGGCUAGUGUUGAUUUCCUUUUUGGUCCGUCUCCCUUGUUUUAUUUUCUUUCUCCACGCACAUGUUGUCUUUUCAGGGCAAGGUGCUUGCCUCUCCUCCGGAAUUGAAUUCCUCGCCCAGACAUCAGCUCAACUCGAAGGUUUUCAUAAACAGCAUGGAAUUAGACUUGGCGGGUUGCCAGAGAAGCCCUGCCCACCCGCCAACAAUCAUCCGCUCGCUCUUUGGUCCAGAUCUCAGAUCGCGAAAGAAACAGGCUGCUGAAUACUGAAAGCGUCGACCAAUGUGCACAUGUUUCUGUGGGUCUUGUCAGUGCCACCGUGUUGGCCCUGUCCGUUUCCUAUGCCCUGCUAAGAAGGUCCGAGCAUCUCCACAAUAGUACACACCCCAGUUGCUGAGGGGGCAUGCUCGACGGCGGACCACGUGCUCUUCGUCUUGCAUUGACAGAGACCAGAAGAGUAGAGGCAUAGAGGCUUCCUUGUCAGGUCCGAGCUUCAUUAUUACGUACAGAAACUGUUGUCACCUGGCCAUAUUUGUAACAGA